GAGCUUGCAUCUACUUCUCCAUCUUGAAGACCAUGAUUUGAGCUGGGAACUAUGAUAGCGACUUUGCGAGACACAUUACGCUAGCGCAUACCCAUAUCAGUUGAUAUCAUAACUGAGCUGCAAUGCUAUCAGUCUUCUCACCUCAGAUCAUCUGAUUAUUCUCUUUCCUAGUCAAGAUGGGCUUCAUGGCUGGAUUUUUCGGUGGCUUCACAUUGACAGCAUCGGUCCUCUACCUAAGCGUCCAAGUCCAUCGUUCCACCCGCCUAGCGCAACGAGAUGCCAUACGUGAACAAGUCGAAAUCCUCAAUGAUAUCUCCUCCCCUCUAGGCGCAUAUUAUCGCAGAUUCGCCGAGGACGAUGACUUGCAAAAAUCACGAAUCGUGCCGCCACCGAAGAAACCGUCGGCAGAAGAAUUGCUCAAGCAACAAUGGAAUAAAGAGGUAAAGGCAUUGGCACAGAAGACGUUCACCCUGGGUUGGCAGGAUGUCACCAAUACAGCCAACGAGGUUACCAGAGUAAUAUCGGAAUUGGUGAAACGGCAAUGAUUCGUGCGGCCGCUGAAAAUUCCUGUUUCUGUGUCUUGAUAUCAUAAUAGGCUGUCGGUUGCAUGUUAUCUUUGGGACCAUUUGACGAGCGCCGGCGUUUGGUGUUAUUGAACUGUCGCCAUUUCAUAGCCUUCAUGUACAAGUCUCAUGUACAGGUCAUAUUGGCCGAUACUUUCCACGAACGUAGCAGAAUGCAUGUUCGUUAUAUAUGGAGUAACAUCUGUCAGACCGCAAUACGUCCAUCCUAUCAGCAUGCUGUAAAUAUUCGAUGGUCGCAAUCAUAAUCGUCAUCCAGUUGUCGAGUCUCCCGUUACGUUGAGACUCUCACUCGCUGUAUCAUUCCAAAUAUCUUCACUCUCUUUUCUCACUGUGCGCAUCGCUUGUGCAACUUCCUCCAAGCUCGCAACAACAUCUAGCACACCGUUAUUGACGCGAUCAAAAUACUGAUCAUUCGCUAAUCGUCUCUUCCGAGCUUGUUGUAGAUCUUUCUCGGUUUCUGCUUCCAGUGCCUUAUAUGUCGCAGCUCCAUCUAUCGUCGUCGUACUCCCAUGAUCACGAUGUACACCGCUUGAUUUCUGAUCUGACUGGCCAUUGGUGUCUCUCGAUUCAUUCUCAUCCACUUCGUCUGCUUCAUUUCUUGUCCAAGUUUGAGCUAACUUGAGCUGUUUUAAGCGCAGCUCCUCUAGAGCCCUUGAAUGUUCUUCCCCAAAUACAUGCUCUCCCUUAAAAGCACUUAGUUCUACUUCACCUAGCGUAUUUUGCAUUUCUUGCCAUUGGAUUUCAGCACUAUCGGUUUCCCUUGGCGACUGUGUUCGGCUCAGAAAAGGUGAUAAGUUUCUGUUGCCGCUGGGAGAUAUGGUAGACAUCCUCGACCUGGAUCU